AUGGGAAUUCCCGCGGCCUUUCGGUGGCUUUCCACCAAAUACCCAAAGAUUAUAUCCCCUGUUAUCGAGGACCAGCCUCUGACCAUGGAUGAUGGCACUGUCAUUCCUGUCGAUCAUACGCAGCCCAACCCAAAUGGUGAAGAGUUCGACAAUCUUUACUUGGACAUGAAUGGCAUCGUCCACCCUUGCUCACAUCCAGAGGAUAGACCCCCUCCCAAGGAUGAGGAGGAGAUGAUGGUCGAAGUUUUCAAAUACACCGACCGAGUGGUCAACAUGGUAAGGCCGCGCAAGCUGCUCAUGAUUGCUGUCGAUGGUGUUGCCCCCCGUGCCAAAAUGAAUCAGCAACGUUCCCGUCGUUUCCGUGCCGCACAGGAUGCCAAGGAGAAGGAAGAGGACAAGCAGCAGUUGCUCACCCUACUGAAGCGACAGAACGGAGGGACACAUCCUGCAGAAUCUACCGAAGAAGUUGUCAAGAAAGCUUUUGACUCAAACUCCAUCACGCCUGGAACGCCUUUCAUGCAGAUCUUGGCCGCCAGUCUGAGAUACUGGUGUAGUUACAAAUUGAAUACCGAUCCAGCAUGGGCGAAUAUCAAAGUCAUCAUAUCAGACGCGACUGUCCCUGGAGAAGGCGAGCACAAGAUCAUGAACUUUGUUCGCUCCCAGCGAUCCUCGCCUGAACAUGACCCAAACACACGCCAUGUUAUCUAUGGCCUAGAUGCCGAUCUUAUCAUGCUUGGUCUUGCCACCCAUGAGCCUCAUUUCCGAGUCCUGCGUGAGGAUGUCUUCGCCCAAGAUAGCAGGGUCAGAAUGUGUAAGUUGUGUGGGCAGAAGGGCCACGAUGCCCAGAACUGCAGAGGGGAGCAGAAGGACAAAGAUGCCGACUUCGACGGCAAGGACAAUGCCCAUCCGUUGAAGCCUUUCAUCUGGCUCCAUGUCUCUGUUCUUCGCGAAUAUCUCGCUGUCGAACUCGAUGUGCCCAACCUUCCCUUUCGUUGGGACAUCGAGCGUGCCAUUGAUGACUGGGUCUUCAUGUGCUUCUUCGUCGGUAACGAUUUUCUGCCCCAUCUUCCUGCCCUCGAGAUCCGAGAGAAUGGAAUCGAUACACUUACUGCCAUUUGGAAAGACAACCUGCCUUUCAUGGGCGGCUAUCUCACCAAAGAUGGACACUGUGACCUGGAACGGGCGCAACUCAUACUGGCUGGUCUUGCGAAGCAAGAAGAUGCCAUAUUCCGCCGCAGAAAGGAGACAGAGGACCGCCGUGAAGCCAGCUUCAGAAGGCGGAAGGCAGCUGAGCAAGCUCGAGGAGGCGGGCGCAACAAUUCAGGCCCCCAGGGAAGGAAUAAGCACCAGAAGAUAGACAACAUGGUGCCUGGCCUCGCUCCUGAUGCUGCUUUCGUGCCAAUCUCGAGCUUGCCUGGCCCUUUGUCCAAGCCAAACAGUGCAAUCACUCACGACAUGGUUGUGAACAGGAAUUCUUUGCAGAAUGCAAACACGGCCAAUAAGAGCGCUGCCAGCGUUCUGAAGAGCCAGAUCCAAGGUUUGAUGGCCAAAUCCACAGAGCCCAAGGAAGAUACGGCGAAUGGCGAAGAAAGUUCACAAGCCCAGGAAAGCCCUCCCUCAGCUGCACGCAAGCGCAAAGCAGACAUUAUGGAGCAGGAAGAAUCCGGCACACCGAGCACUGACAGUCCUGAUGCCGUUACGCCAUCUACUACAACUGAGAAUGAAGGACCAGUCGAUACAGUGAGACUCUGGGAGGACGGAUACGCCGACAGAUAUUACGAGCAGAAAUUCCACGUGGACCGAAACGACGUCGAAUUCCGUCAUGAAGUUGGGCGCGCAUACGUCGAGGGCCUGGCAUGGGUGCUGAUGUACUACUUCCAAGGUUGUCCGUCUUGGGAUUGGUACUAUCCGUAUCACUACGCCCCCUUCGCUCAGGAUUUUGUAGACUUGAAGAAGGUCGAAAUCAAGUUUGAAAAGGGAAGGAUAUCCAAACCUUACGAACAACUAAUGAGCGUUCUUCCUGCGGCUUCCAGACACGCCAUUCCUGAAGUCUUCCAUGACCUCAUGACCAACGACGACAGUGAAAUCAUUGAUUUCUAUCCCGAGGAUUUCGAGGUUGAUCUGAAUGGAAAGAAGAUGGCCUGGCAAGGCAUCGCGCUUUUGCCGUUCAUCGACAUGCCCCGACUCCUCGAGGCUAUGGCCAAGAAGUACCCGUUGCUGAGUGAAGAUGCUAUGGCGCGGAAUGAACCCGGGCACGACGUUCUCAUAAUUUCAGACGCUCACCCCGGAUUAUAUGACGAUAUUAUCACUCACUUCUACUCGAAGAAACAAGGCGCGCCGAAACACCAGCUUGACCCGAGGAUAAGUGAUGGUUUGGCGGGUGAGGUCGCAAAGAUUCAGGACUAUCUACCUCAUGGGGCUUUGACCUAUCCGCUUGAGAGAAAGUCAAUGCCUGACCUUGACUAUGACCGCUCUUUGAGUGUCCAGUACGAAAUGCCAAGCAGCGCGCACACGCACAAGUCCAUGCUGCUUCGUGGUGUCAAGCUACCAACGCCAGCCCUUGACCGCAACGACAUUGACGAACUUCGAUCGAAGGGCCGCCGGGGAGGUAGAAGCUACGGAGGCGCACCUCUGGGACGUCAUAACUACCAGAACGGUCGUACUGAGCCCAUCAACUACGGUCCUGGGCGCGGUGGUUAUCAAGGUGGUCGUGGUCGAGGAGGCUCAGGAGGAGGUCAUGGUGGACGUGACAGCUAUCCUCCGCCCAGAAAUGGUGGUGGUUAUCCAGCCCCGCCUCCAAAUUGGGUGCCACCUCCUCCGGGAACCGCGGGCUUUGGUAGUGGUUUGCCACCGCCGCCGCCACCUGCUCAUUUCGGCAAUGGCGGUGGAUACGGGGGAUACGGGGGUGGGUACAACCAGAGCCACGGGAAUGGUGGAGGAUACGGUGCGCCCCCCGGCCAGUACUACGGUGGUGGUGGAGGCGGAGGCGGAGGAGGCGGAGGUUAUCAAGGCCAUCAAGGUCAGGGGUAUCAACAACCGACGCAUCAUGGUCGCGAUGACCGUCGACAAGGAGGUUACGGAGGGGAUAGGGGAUACGAUCGCGGCCACGGUGGCAACGGUCGUGGCUACCGUCGCUAG